AUAGUUGGCGCUGUUUCAUAAACAUUCGAGUGAUUUUUGAGUAAUGUUUUGUUUAAUUACAUAUAUUCGUGCAAUUGUCAGGAGCAUUUUAAUCUUAUUAAAUAACAUUUAUUUUAUCUUGUGAUUUUCUUGAAUGAUAAAUUAAAUCCCCUAUGGUUACACUUAAUAAUGAUGUUUAUCUUAACCUCAACAGUUAAUAGUAUUUCGUUUUUAAAUAAGAUUAAUUGAAUGUAAAGGAUUGAAAAUUGUUCCGUGAAAAGUUUUAGUAGUUUCCUUUGUUUUGGUUCCUUUGCUGUACAGGUGGUUCAAUUAUGAAUCCAGAUAUUAAUGAGAAGAUCUUAAAGUUUGAAACAUUUAUCAAUGAAGUAUUAAAAGAAGAUCUUGCUAAGUUACAGCAGAAAAUUGAUGUUAAGAAUGCAGAUGUUGCAGAGUUUCUUCAGCUAAAAUCGACCAUAACUACUCUUCAGAAUAAUGGCUUUGAUAAAAGUGGUUUCAAAACCCAAGUAGAUGUAGGACAGAGUUUCUUCGUCGAAGCACAUAUCCCUGAUGCCUCUACAAUUCUUUUGGACAUUGGCUUAGGACACUAUGUUGAAUUUUCGCUACACGAUGCCGUAGUAAUUAUUAAUGUAAGAAUUAAAUUACUGGAACAACAGAUUGCGCAUCUCCGUAAAGAAGUAGCGAAGACGAACGCUCACAUCAAGCUUAUUCUUCUUGGUAUCAGAGAAUUACAAGGGUUCGGAGAAUGAACGUAAUACACAAUAUAAUUUUGUAAUAUCAUUGUUGUACAUAAUUUUACGCUAAGUAACCUGUACAUAUUAGAGCUUAAACUGCACGAUUGAAUGAGA